UUCAAACCUGCAGAUCUAAGUAAACAAUCAUUCGAGCUCUUAAUGCAAAUAAACGGAGGGCUUCUUUAACGUGUCGCACGAGCCGUUUAGUGAUUAGGAUUCGUUUCUGCGUGCAAAUUUGGGGGAUCUGCAGAAUAUGGCGUCUGGUUCCUUUAUAAAAAUAAAGACAGGCUGCCAUUUUUGUUUUCCUUUUGUCUGAAUUUUUUAAUAAAACUGUCUGAGAAUGUGGGAGAGGCGGCCCGGGCUCGCGCGCACUGCGCUCCUGCACCGGGACUCGAACCCGCGGCGGCGAUUCUGACCCGCUUUAGCACUCGGGCUUUUAUUGAUGUUUCAAAUAAGAAGACGGUAAAACUUCCAGGAUGCCGAUAGAUUAAAAGGAGAAAAGUUAAGUAGCCCAAGUUGUGACCUGGGCUUUGAUCAGGGAUUUGGACAGUGGGGACAGUCGGAGAGGACGCGGUGUGUGUUAUGGCUGAGCCACGGUUUAAUAACCCAUACUUCUGGCCUCCGCCUCCUACAAUGCCUGGUCAGCUGGACAACCUCGUACUAAUUAACAAAAUCAAAGAGCAGCUAAUGGCUGAGAAAAUCCGACCUCCACACCUGCCUCCUACUUCGGUCCAAUCCCAGCAGCCUUUGCUGGUUCCGCCGACAUCUGUGGAAGGUGGGACGCACAGCAUGGCAGUGCCCAAGCUUCAGCAGAUGCCCGGGCUGACUCCUCAUAGCCCCACACAGCCGGAUGUGGCCUUGCAUGCCCGACCUGCCUCCAGCUCUGUCGCAGAAAUCGAGACUCAUCAGACCAGGCAACAUUUUUCCAGUCUUCAACUGUCCAGUUUUGGACGAAUUCUCGGCGACGUGAAUUUGAACCUGGAUGACAAGGCGGCCUUAAAAGCGAGAGGACUCUGGGAAGACUGGCAUCUACGACAGAUUAUAGACCAGCCGUCAAGAGCAAACCAUCUGUCCGCGCUGGCGUCUCGUACCGGCAACCAGAACAUGUCAGAGGCUGUGACCCUGGCCACGCCCACGUCAUCCAGCAGCAGCCAUGCACGUCAGGUUUCAGCGCCUUCCGCAAACCUUCUCUCAGGGUUGGCCAGCGCCGUCGGGGCAGAGCCAAUCAAAAACAGCGGCGGGCUGGUGGGACUGCUGGGACCACCCCCAAAAGGCGGAGGACGAGGACGGAAGAAGAUCAAAGCGGAAAACACGUCUGGUCCGUUACUGGUUGUCCCCUACCCUAUCCUGGCUUCAGGAGCCGACCAAUCGUCUGUCACGAUCACGGCCAAAGAAGGCAAAUCGUACAGGUGUAAAGUAUGUCCGCUGACUUUCUUCUCCAAGUCAGACAUGCAGAUUCAUUCCAAGUCCCACACAGAGGCCAAGCCACACAAAUGUCCUCACUGCACCAAGUCAUUUGCCAAUGCCUCUUACCUGGCACAGCAUUUACGCAUCCACCUGGGGGUGAAGCCUUAUCACUGCUCAUACUGCGAGAAAUCCUUUCGCCAGCUCUCACACCUACAGCAACACACCAGAAUCCACACAGGGGAUCGACCGUAUAAAUGUGUUCAGCCGGGCUGUGAUAAAGCCUUCACACAGCUCUCUAAUCUGCAGUCUCACCAGCGAUCACACAAUAAAGACAAGCCUUACAAGUGCUCCAACUGCUACCGCGCCUACUCCGACUCAGCCUCUCUGCAGAUCCACUUAGCCGCUCAUGCCAUCAAAAACGCCAAGGCUUACUGCUGCAGCAUGUGUGGCCGAGCCUACACCUCUGAGACCUAUCUGAUGAAGCACAUGUCCAAACACACAGUAGUGGAGCACCUGGUGACUCAGCAUUCGCCGCCCCGGAAUGAGUCUCCCAGCAUCCCCAUCCGCAUCUCGCUCAUCUGAACCCGGUCAGUCCUCCUCGGAUCA